AUGUCCAAACUUCAGGCAUCAAGCGUGCGAGGGUCCAUCAAAACCCUUCUUGCCCAAUCUUCCUUGGACACCCACAAGGAAGCCGGUGGUAAGAAGAGAAACUUCGUAGAGACCAUCGAACUCCAAAUUGGUCUUAAGAACUACGAUCCUCAACGAGACAAGCGAUUCUCCGGUACCGUCAAGCUUCCUCACGUCCCCAGACCUCGAAUGCAACUCUGUAUCCUUGCCGAUGCUGCCGAUGUUGACCGAGCUAAGCAACUUGAUGAGGAACUCCCCUUCAUGACCGUUGAGGAUCUUAAGAAGCUCAACAAGAACAAGAAGCUCGUCAAGAAGUUGGCUCAAAAAUACGAUGCCUUCUUAGCUUCCGAAGCUUUGAUCAAGCAAAUCCCCAGAUUGUUAGGUCCCGGUCUUUCCAAAGCUGGUAAAUUCCCUACCCCCGUAUCUCACUCCGAAGAUCUCCAAAAGAAGGUCACCGAAGUUCGAUCCACCAUCAAGUUCCAACUUAAGAAGGUCUUGUGUCUCGGUGUCGCCGUUGGUCACGUUGAUAUGGAAGAGGAUCAAAUCAUGCAAAACACCAUGUUGGCUAUUAACUUCUUGAUCUCCCUUCUUAAGAAACAAUGGCAAAACAUCCAAUCCCUCACUAUCAAAUCCACCAUGGGUAAACCUCAAAGACUUUUCUAA